AUGCAUUCCUCGUUCCGACUUACUCGUGAAGAUAAGGCGAAGCAGGUCGCCGAGACCCCUGAUGUCUUUUGGAGCAUUCUGGAGCAUAUGGGACAUGAGGAGCAUGGAGGGACUUGGCACAUGGAAGCAGCUCAACUGGAUACGCAAAGGAAGAAGGGAGAAGCCAUCUUGAAGACCAGCUCGACCGUCUACUCGACCAACCGGUCGAGUUCCUCAACUCGACCGGCCAAGCUUCAACUCGAUCGAGCUGAGAAGUCAAAGUCAAACCCGAAAAAUGUUGCUUCCCCCUUGACUUUCCUUUGA